UCUCACUGAAGGAAAUGAAAGUUCUGCUUUCUCUGUCACUGGGUCCAGUUCAUCUUCGACACACGGACUCCUUAUUCACAACUUUCACUGGCUUUUCUACAGGAAUAUGAACACUUGGUGAAAGUUCUCUCCCGGGGUUAUUUACUUCAACCAGAAGAUGCGGUCAUCCCGGCCAAGUGGCCUCCAGACGAAGGGUCAUUGAUUGAUUCUGAAGGAGAAUUUUUAAUUUCAAGAAUAAACUGAGUACCUAACGAUGGGAAAACUGCAGUCAAAGCACGCCUGUAAACGCAGGGAAAACCCAGAAGGGGACAGCGCGCGCGGAGCUCGCGGCGCGCAGGAGGAGUGCGAGGCGCGCGGCACGCGCAGAGCCGGCGAGAAGCAGGACUUGCAGAGUGGAGAGCUGCUGAGGGAUGGACAGUUCUUGGACUUCGUCUGUCCCCUAGAGGUGUCGAUGCCGCCCGAGAAAGGAGAGAAGUGCGAGAGGUACGCGCAGUUCCUCCACGCGGACGACGCGGGGCGCCAGCUUCAGAAGGAACCUAGCAGAUGUUCUGGAAAGAAGGGCAUCAACAUGGAGGAAGUAGCAUUCGACGCUUCGCUAGAGGAUGACAGCCGACAUGAGUGGGUCUUCACCCUCUACGACUUUGAUAACAGCGGGAGAGUUACCAAAGAGGACAUGUCCAGCCUCAUGCAUACCAUCUACGAUGUGGUGGACGCAUCGCUGAAUCAUCUUUCAAACAACCACAGCAAGACGCUGCGUGUGAAACUGUCGGUGAGCCCUUCUCCCAGCGUUCGCCGCAGGGACGUGUGCAGCACUGCCGCAGAUGGAGACUUGGGCCACUGCCGGGCCGAGCUGGAUUACCAGGACGAGAGCCGCUGCGCAGACCGUAGACUGUCUGCCCUCCUCAGGGGGCAGAAUUUGGAGCAUCAGGUGAGCGCAGAAGGCAAGCAUUACUGCGUGGAUGAGAACACGGAGAGGAGAAACCAUUAUCUGGACCUGGCUGGGAUAGAGAACUACACAUCCAGGUUUGAAGGAGGGUCACCUUCUCUACAGCCACGUCAGGAGCACCAUAACCGACCGUCACACUCUGCCCACCAGCGUCGCUCACAGGUCCUCGGGGAGAGCUGCCUUAACGCGGAGUCCCGUGGAAAGCUCACCCAGUUCCCGAGGUCUCCCAGGGGGAGGAGCACAUCAGGGGGUAAUGGAGGCGGCCGACCCAACAAGUGCCACGGGUACUAUCCUCCACAGCAGCCCGCCUCGCAUGGCGGCCCCUCUGCUGGCCACCACGUUGCCCAAUUGGCCGCGCAGCACCCUUUGCAGCACAGCCACAGCCGAAGGCUCCGUGCCAAGGUCAGAGAGGCCCUGUCUCCCUCCAGAGCGCCUCUUCAGCAGCCUCCACCCCCGGGGCACCCUGCGCUGGAGCGAGAGCAGCCUGCCGUCCUGCCCGGCCCCGCCGCUGUGUUUCCUGUGGCUCAGCGUCACGAACACCACCAUCACCAUGAACAUCACCACCAUCACCACUACCACCACUACCCUCAGACAUGAACGCAAGCGGCACCACCAACACUACGCCCAAGCAUGAACACCAGCAUCUCUAACACCCUCAUAUAUGAACAUCAACACCAACAGCACUUUGUUCAGACAUGCACUGCCCUCUAACAGGAAGGAAGCAGCAACCACAAGCAGCACUGGGUACAGGGAUCAUCCACAUGUGGCCUCCAGAGGCAUUACCAUCUCCUGCGUGUUUUCCACCCCGUUUUGGGAUCAGGUGGUACCGUAUAAACUGGGACACUGAUUUUCUUUCAAACUGAUGAAUGUAACAGAUUCAGGACAAAUGGUGCCAUUUAUCUAAGGGCUGUGUUGUACUUUUUUUUUUUUUUAAAAAAUAUCCAAAGGUUCUCAGAUUAGAAGAAAAAAAAAGAUUUUCUGCUUCUCACUCUUUCACAGUGUCCUCCCGCAGUCCUCCUCUCUGUUACAUCUCUAUUGAUUUAUAUACCGUAUCUUAGCCCAGAUAAAAUAUAUGCAAAUAUAGAGUGUAGUCCCGCGGCUGCUGUGUGGGACGUGGUUCUGGAUGACCGUGGUUACGAGUGUGUCUGAAUGGCUGUGGUUCUGUACGAUCAUGGUUUUGAAUGUGCUCAUAUGAGGUGUGUGACGGUGGGUCUGAUUGUGGCAUGCUCACAUGUGUAUGUUUGAGGAUGUUACCCGGAGUGUCAGAUCUCUGUGUGAGGAUGUUAGCUGGGAGCCAGCUGGACUGUGGAAUAUCCCCUCAGGAGUUAUUUUUUAACAUUUUAUUUCAUCACCACUGCUAUUUUAAAUAAAAAAAAAAUCUUUAUGUAUAUAAAAUCUGUAUAAAUAUACAUAUAUUACAGUAUAUUCUGGAUAAUGUGUAUCUAUUGUGUAUGCAUGUGUAACAUGUUCUUUUUUAUAUAUUUUAAUAAAUACAUAUUGUUUAUU